AUUACAAUUUUCAUUUGUGUGCCAGUUCUUGUAAAAAUAGGAUAUUUUUUUUUUUUUUUUACAGUGUGCAGUUCCUAACUAUACCUUGAAAAGUACAGUAAAAUGAAAAUGUUUAGUAUUUUAUGUAUUACAGUUGGUCAUAUGUUUGUGUGUCAGUUUAUGUAAUUACUGUCUAUGCUGCCGUUUUACAUGAGACGUCUAUAAACAAAAGCUACAGUAGUGAAGUGAAAGUGAAGUAAUAUGAAAGGCAACCAAGCUGGUUUGUGUUAAUUUGUUGAGUUGCUGUGGUAACGAAGACACUGACAGACUGUUAACAGACCUCAGAGGCAGUACUGCAACAAUGAGGGUCUGAAUGAAACUUGCGUUCAUAUUAUUUCUUGGUUAUUUUUCCUUUGAUUUUCAUUGUUAGGGAUGGAGGAAAAGCUGCAGUAUUUAAUGCUAAGUGUAACCCUCUAGUAACAAGGUAGCUUUAUAGUACUCACAAUUUAUGACAGGAUACCUGGGAGCUCAGCUUUUGAUGAUGAUCUGACUGGUUUUACUCUGUAAUAUUAUGAAAUAAUUAAAAUUAAAUUAAAUUGGUGCAGUGCCUCCAUUCAAGAAAAACUUCUGUAAGAGUUUUAGAAAAACACUAAUAUCUUCUUUAGGUGUGUCUGAUUUAUAUUAAAAAACUUUAACUAUACCCCUUAAAUCACACAUUAGAACACAAUAUCUUCAGUGCUCAACACGUUAAUUAAUACAAAAUAAAAUGCACUUAUUUAUAAAUCCUCAUACUUUGUAGAUAUUCAAUUCAAUUCAAACAUUUCAGUCAACAAUGACUCACAUGAAUUACCAUACACCUUCCAUUAACAUGAAUCAAAUUCAGUGAAUCAGUUCCCUGAAUCCCCGAAUCACUCAACAGAACAAAACUCUUAAAUGACUCAAGUGUUCAAAUGAAUCAAAUGGGCAAUUGAAUCAAAUGUCCAUACAAAUCACUUACUCAAAUAUACAAAAUAACCCAUAAUUCAGAGUUUAUAUUGAGCUCAAGUGCUUAUUUACUCUUCUUCAUUGGGGCCCAUAGGAAAAUUCUCUCUUGUAAAAUAGUUUAUGAUCAACUUACGAUCCAACAGCAAUGUUUGACUCAAUUUUCACGCACCUGGUGAUUGAUGCAACAAGAUGAAUCUUUGAGAUUAAGUUAACUCACAUGACCUUUGCGGCACUGAUCAUCCUUUUGCGAAAGCACAAUGAAGAGUCUCAGAAGUGAUGAGUAAUGAUGAGAGAAAGGGAAAUAACUGCCACUUGCUGUCUUUCAAGCUGUCCAUCGGCCUACCGGAAACUCUUCACAGCCGUAGCGAUUCGUCAUCCGUAAUCAAACGUAUAUGGAAAAAUGAACUCACACGGGAAGUUUUUUAGGGUUCACAGCAAUUUCUGAUUCGUCCAUUACAUGCAAUCAAUCGUGUCCAUAACAUUUGAUUAGUUAGAAGUUUCCAGAACAAAGAAAUCUAAUUAAUAUGCAAUGUAUAUAUUCAAACAUACACAAUUUCAAAAAUGACACAUAAACAAAAUCCCAUUAGAGCAAACUAAAGUUGAAAAUACUGAGUGGGCUACAUAAGGGUGGAGUUGUGUCAUCCACUUUGAUAGCACAGCACACUGCAGCAUCUAUACAAGCUGUAGAAAUUAGCUCUUUACUGCUAUUUUGCAGGUAAUAUUAAACGUUGACAACGCACAGCCACACAAGGCACACAUGAUUGUAUUUUAAGAAGAAGAGGGAAGAGAGGGACAGAUAGAAAGAAAGAAAGAAAGAGAGAAAAGAUAGAUUAGUUAGAGGCCCAAAGCCUAUAGACUUAUUCAUAGCAGCGCCAUCUUUGAUUUUUGAUGGGAAUGACAACGAGGCUGUGAGGGAUAGACUUCAUUCUCUUCAAUGGGUUGUACUGUAGUUUAAAGUGUUUUUGGAUCCUUCAGCAGACAAAACAUUGAAAAAACAUAAUUCCAAGAACAUUCAAUACACAAAAAAACUCACAACAUGAGUUAUGGAAAAUCAGAUGUGAUCUAGGAGCUUUUUACAGCUUUAUACCAUGUGUGCCAUAGAAGAGACAGUUAAGACCCGAACAUACUCUACGCAAGUACGUGAAUGUAGACCCACCUCGCUACAUAAGCUCGAUUUCAUGCGUCGUUGUGUUGUGAAAUGUGUCAGCGCUCAAUUCAUAACACAACGCAAGUUCAUUCUCAGCGUUGCCACAAGGGGCACUAGAACGGAUUUUCUUCUUUCAAUCAACAACUGUCAUGGCGGUCUCGGGCAGCAAUUUGAGUUGAAUCUUUUCUAAAAAUAUACACAACAUUUUGUCCCCCGUCCAUUCAAAUGAUCUUGUUUUUGCUCUGUGUCUCUCCCCACUCCUCAAAUAUGGACUCAUCUACCACAUCUGGGCUGCAUCCAAAAACGUGGCAGCUGACUUGCUGCCUAAUCAGUUAAUGGCUUAACUGACAGCUGUUUUGAAUGAAUGAAACUCUUAAGGAACUGGUCUCCGAAUAGUUUGAAAAGCACCUUAUUUUCAUCCUGGAAAAUUUUCAUUAUUUUCAUUCUCCUGGUUUCGGACAUGGAUCUAUAAAAUACUGGUUUCAGACGCAGCACCGGUUUCGUAGUCACGCCAAAAAAAUCUAUCGCCUUCUUGUGGUCUGAGGUUUGUAACCACCAGAGCAAUGCAAGAGCACACGUAAUGUAUGUACAACGGGACCACACGUUGGCCAAGUGCUCGUGUCUGCGUUUGCGUACUUGCGUGAAGUAUGUUUUGGCCUUAAUGUAUGUACAACGGGACCACGCAUUGGCCAUGUGUUGGCCAAGCGCUCGCGUCUGCGUUUGCGUACUUGCGUGAAGUAUGUUUCAGCCUUUAUCCCUCACAGCCUCGUUGUCAUUCCCAUUAAAAAUCAAAGAUGGCGCUAGCGUGAAUAAGGUCUAUUAAAGGCCUUGUGUGGGUUUGUUUACAUUUGAAUUUUUGACAAUUGUAGUUUGAAUAGUCUUGGCCCAUCUGAACAUUCCGUCUAUAAGAUUUUUCAGAUUUUUGAUAAUCCGCUGUGGGAAUCCGCUUUCUCAAGCCAACAUAAUGAGGGAGAGUCUUCCGUUAUAUAGUUAUGGUUACAGUGUUGUUCACAUCUUGUUUAUAAUCUUGUCCCAUGGUAUAAUUUGAAAUGUACAUACAGAAGAUACCUGCUGUAUUAAAGGAUUUUACAUGCCCAUACUUAUUUGUUUUAUACAUCUUGAUGUUGUACUUGUACUUUACAAUAUCUUGAAAAAAAUCCACAAAUUUUAAACUUUAAACUAUUUGAUGUUUUUUUUUGGGGGGGGGGGGGGUUGGUAUGCCUUUUCUACAUUGGCUUAGAAGUUAUUGACAGUGAAGUGAAGACUACAUUUCCCAGGUCACCAUUGCUGGGUGAGGUUCCCACACUGUGGCCUUUUGCCCCACCUCUCAGAGCACCACCACAUAGAUUAUUUCUUGGAACCUUGAGACUGAAGACCAUAAACACAUUGCACGGUGUCCUGGCCUGGUGGAUACUGGUUAGUCAACAAACCUGUUGAUAAACCUGUGCACAGAUAUCCUAGGUACAAAGUCCACUGAAAACGUACACAUGGCCAGUCCAUCAGCAGUUUAUAGUUGUAAAUAUAAUGAGCUUGUUUCUGUAGAUAAUUUAAAUCUAAUUGCCUCAAUUGAUGCUAUUAAACUAUAGACAACAUCCAAUGAUGUUUUAUCAUGGUAAGUGGUGCAAGGGUCCUCUUGGCAAUAUAUUUUGUGAUAAAGUUUUAAAAGAUAUAGCUACACACCUGAAUGCCAUGAAUUUCAAGAUGUAGUUCAUCCAAAAAUGAAAAUUUUAUCAUCAUUUGCUCACCCUCAUGUUGUUCCAUACCUGUAUGACAUUCUUUCUUCCGUGGAACACAAAAUAAGAUGUUAGAAUGGAAGUCACCAUUCACUUUCUUUGUAUGGAAAAAAGAUGCAAUGAAAGUGAAUGGUGACUAAGGCUAACAUUCUGCCUAAUUUUUUUCUCUCUUUUUAUAUUCCACAGAUGACAAAGUCAUAAGGGUCUGGAACAGCAUCAGCAUCCCUAUCAUAAAUCAGUGCAAAAAAUCAUGCAGAUACGGGUCAGAAGUUUCAGUUAAUGUUCACAUCAACCAUCAGAAAAAAAAAAGUGAUCUCAGUGAUUUCAACUGUGGCAUAAUUGUUGGUGCCAGAUGGGCUGGUUUGAGUAUUUCUGUAACUGCUGAUCUCCUGGGAUUUUCACACACCUUGUUGAUGAGAGAGGUCAACAGAGAAUGGCCAGACUUGUUCGAGAUGACAAAAAAGGCUAUGGUAACUCAGAUAACCCUCUGUAUAAUUGUGGCCUGAUGAUGCCAUGGGACAAGCGCACUGAGACCCAGACUGCAAAGAGGAGGCGACAGAAUCGUGAGAUGAAGAGAGAAAGAGAUGAACAACAAUGCUUUGAAAGAGAAAAGUUCAACUCCAUAGAUCAAUAUCUUCUCAGUGGAGAUGAGCAGGUGAUCAUAUGCUCAUACUUCGCCCAUCAUCUCAACAUCUUCAGUGUGGUUUCUGAAGAGCACUUGCACACCCUUGAGGACCGUUGGGCCCCCUUGAGCCUCCGUACUGCAGCGCUCACUCACACUGUAGUGUACUUGAUUUUAUCCAACUACAAUGAGGCCCAACAUGUUCUGUACCUCACUCUCUGGGACACGCAAAAAGGCAGGGUGCGGAAGAGAUUGAAAAAUUUACUUGGAAUCUGUUGCAUCGCUAUUAGCGAAGAUGCCUGUCGAGUAGUUUUCGGCAUUGCAGGAUUUAACAAGUAUGUGACAGUCCAGCUUCAAUGGUCAAGACCUGCUAAUUCAGCCUUCAUCCUUAAAGGACUAGUGACAUUAAUGAAAAUCUGUCAUUGUUUACUCACCCUAAUGUCAAUCCAAACCCUUAUAACUUAUGCACUUAUACUUAUAUAUGCUUAUAUACAUAAGCACUUUUGGUGCGCACCCAGGUACGUUUGAUGUAAAAUUUCGAUUCGUUUGGAUGAUGUGAAUGCUGUUUUCCAAACUCGGGUGCUCACCCGCAAACCAUUCCCGAGUCGGCUCGAAAAGGUGCAGCUUGUACUCAUGUUGAUGACCUAAUCGGACUGUGGUUUGGACCCAAAUAAUAUGAUGUCACCAGAGAUCAGUGGGGGAGGGGGAGAAAAUGAACUUGGCCAAGCAAUCGAACCAAGUUUGAAAUAGCCUGUCAAGCUUGUUAAAGGACAAAAAAAAUGUAUUAUCAGGUACAGUAAACCUUUGGGCAUGCCUGUGCUGGUUUGCCCUAGAUUAUAUCAAUUGGAUCUAGGUCGAGAAAAAGAUUUAAAGUCUAUACUUUAAAGUUCAGUGUGAGAUUUGGUAGUGAUCACGUAGGAUAAGGCCUUUACCUCUGCAAAAUUGGAUUAAACCUUUGUCCCAUGUUAGGUUUGGAUUAAGACGGCUUUAAUAGAAUGUAACUUUUUAAUACUUUUAAUAAUUUCUUCAACAGAUGAGGUGAGCAUGUGGGACCUGGAUGUAGGAACAAUGUUGCCUGUCUUCACACCUGACUCCAAGAUCCAAACUGUGGGCGAAUUCCAAACGGAAGUGAGCAUCCCUAUGCCCUACUCCCUCCGAAGGGCUGAGCCCUUGAAGUGGGAACUCUGAAGGGAGCGAUGCACUCGCGUCUUAUGUAUGGCCAUUUGGAACACCCUUGAUGAAGGGAGUAAUGAAACACAUACGUCACUUGCAUUUUAUCUUUGCCCGAAUUGUUACCAUGACGAUGCAGCACAGCUGUUCUAACAACAGGAAUCUCUUAUUUAUUGCUGUUAAUUUGUUGUUGCAAAUAAAUCUACUUUUAUAAUAGUUUUUUUUUUUCUUCAGACAUUGCCUUUUGUGUCUUAUUUAAAAUUGCUUACUGUUGCUGUUUUAACAAUAAUAAUUGUAACACAUAUGUACAUAAAUGUAUAUAAAAUACAUGAAUGAACAUUUCCCACUGAAAGUUAUUUGGUGCACGAUAGGUCUUAAUAAUAAAUAAAUAAUAAUAAACCACAGGGUUUAGACUAGCCUACAGUAAAAAAAAAAAACUGGCCCUGUUUUUUGAGUGUCUCUCUGCUUAUGGCUGUCUACUAUGAGGAUGAAUGUAAACUGUGGAGGAGGAGACGUAUCUGUUAUAAAAGGGCUAUAGCCCUUGC